CUCACUUUGUAUAUAAAUCAAUCUUUCUCUUUGUUUUUUUUUUUGGUUUUACUAUAAUCAAAAUCUUUCUCUUGAAGCUUCGUAAGUAUCCUCAGCAUAUUAAUUUUUACCGAGAUGGCUUUCAGAAUUACCAGCCAAUUGCGACCGGUCGGAAACCAAAUUGGUGGCUCUCGUCGUUUCGCAACCACAGUCGCCGAUGGCGCCAAACAAACAUAUAACAAGUUCUCUGUAACGGGAGAUUUUGCACCAGUGGCUAUAAUAGGAGGUUUUGUUGGUUUAACGGUGCUAAUGGCCGGACAUAGCCUGAAGCAGCAGCUUGUGCAUGCUCCGGCAAUCAGUACAAGAAAGAACAGAAGAGCGGCUGUAGCUGAGGUCGAUGAUCCAGAGAAUUGUGUUUCCUCCGCUGACAAAUUCAUCAACAAGUCUUGGCUACGUAAAGUAGGUCAGAUUCAAGAUAAGUCUAAAGCAAUCUUAUCUGAUCCCACCCGACCCAACCCAUACACCACGCCUCGAAAUGCAGAGACCUUGAACUCCGUUGGUGUGGCUCCAAAGGGAAUCUGAAAACUUUCUUAAGAGUCGAACAAGAUUUGGCUUUUUUUUUUUGCUUUCGAAUAAAAAGUCUCAGUUAUGUUUUCUAAUUUCUUUGUUCUAAUUAAACUGUACUGUACAUAUAAAAUAAUCUCUUUGAGCUUGUUUCAA